CGGAGAGUUGGACUGGUUGUUCUCUUUAAGCUUACGUCUUUGAUAGUAGCCAACUAAAUCCACCACCAAAUCCAAAUUCCACCGUCGAUCCACCGCACCAUCUUCGAUGCCGCCGGAAGAGCACCAGCAGCGACUCUUAUCCGGCUCGGAGUUGGAGGAGGAGGAGGAGGAAACCGCUUAUGACUCGACUGAAAAGGUCCACAUCAUCGGGAUUGGCGAUUCCGACUUGGAUGACUCUCGCGCUCCGCCGUUUUCUUGGAGGAAGUUAUGGCUUUUUACCGGACCUGGAUUCUUGAUGAGUAUAGCGUUUCUGGAUCCUGGAAAUCUGGAAGGGGAUCUCCAGGCCGGCGCAAUUGCCGGCUACUCGCUGCUGUGGCUGCUGAUGUGGGCUACGGCUAUGGGGCUGUUAGUUCAGCUGCUGUCCGCUCGGCUUGGCGUGGCCACUGGUCGCCACUUGGCUGAGCUGUGCAGGGAGGAGUAUCCGACCUGGGCUAGGAUGGUUCUCUGGAUUAUGGCGGAGGUGGCGUUAAUUGGAGCUGAUAUUCAGGAAGUUAUCGGGAGUGCUAUUGCGAUCAAGAUUCUCAGCAAUGGUGUCAUUCCUUUAUGGGCUGGUGUUACCAUAACAGCUUGUGACUGUUUUAUCUUCCUGUUUCUUGAGAACUAUGGGGUAAGGAAAUUGGAAGCUUUUUUUGCGGUUCUAAUUGCAAUUAUGGCAAUCUCAUUUGCAUGGAUGUUUGGUGAAACAAAACCCAAUUUCGAGGAGCUUCUUCUUGGUAUUUUGAUUCCAAAACUCAGCUCCAGAACCAUACAACAGGCUGUGGGAGUUGUGGGUUGCAUUAUUAUGCCUCACAAUGUGUUCUUGCACUCUGCUCUUGUGCAAUCACGGGAAAUUGAUCGCAGCAAGAAAGGACGUGUCCAAGAAGCUGUCAAUUACUACUCCAUAGAGUCCACUCUUGCGCUUGUGUUGUCAUUUAUUAUCAAUCUGUUUGUCACAGCUGUGUUUGCCAAGGGGUUUUAUGGUACAGAUAUAGCCGAUAGCAUUGGCCUUCUUAAUGCAGGGCAGUAUCUUCAAGAAAAAUAUGGAGGUGGGCUUUUUCCAAUUUUAUACAUAUGGGGUAUUGGGUUAUUAGCAGCAGGACAGAGUAGCACUAUCACUGGAACUUAUGCUGGCCAGUUCAUCAUGGGAGGUUUCCUGAACAUGAGGCUGAAAAAAUGGCUUAGAGCUUUGAUUACAAGAAGCUGUGCAAUUAUUCCUACUAUGAUAGUGGCUCUUAUCUUUGACAGCUCUGAGGACACCUUAGAUGUUUUAAAUGAAUGGUUAAAUGUGCUUCAGUCAAUUCAGAUCCCAUUUGCUCUUAUUCCGCUUUUGUGUCUGGUGUCUAAGGAGCAAAUAAUGGGUACCUUCAAAAUUGGCCCUGUGCUCAAGACGGUUGCAUGGCUUGUGGCAGCAUUGGUUAUUGUAAUCAAUGGGUAUCUUCUACUAGAAUUCUUCUUCGCUGAAGUCGCUGGCAUAAUCUUUACAACUGUAGUGUUUGCAUUUACGGGUGCAUAUGUCGGUUUUAUAGUUUAUCUUGUUUGUCGGGGUAUUACCUUUUUUCCAUGGAACCGUUUAGUGGAAUCCAAACAGACUCAGGGGAUUGAGUAACCAAUCUCAACACCUAUGUGAGGUUCAAGAGACAAAGACUCAUGAAGUUCCUUUUGCAUGCUGAUUCCUAGAUGGUGAAGCUGCGUGCGUGGAUAUCGUUCUCUGAUUUGAAGUAUUGCUUUCCCUUUAUGCCACCUAUGGGGACUAUUAUGCACCAACUCCAGUGGUAUACUCCAUUUGAGUGUGGUCUCAAACAACACAGAGUAGUUAUUUCCUUAAAAGAACUUCACAUAUUCUUCUUUGUGUGUAUAUGUAGAGCAGACCAGAAUUAAGCGAGGCAGCAACUGCAACCUUCAUGCAUUAGAAACUUCAGGGGCCUGACUAAGUAUUUUGGAUUCUGUAACUGAUAUCACAAAUGGCUGUAAUAAAACCCAGUCCUGGGCUGGCAAUAAACAAAUAAACAAUGCAGUUUAAUUGUGCAUUUUGUUAUUAUGUGUUCUUUGGGUUUAGAACUCCUGAAUUUCCUUUCUCACGUUCCCUUUACAUCCCUGCUGACAUACAGGAUGAAUUCAUUCU